AUGGCCGUUCAAACCUCGCGUCUUUCGCCGCUGGCGACCAAGUUCUCCACAAGUCAGCGGUACCCGCCCAUGCAUUCCGCACCCGCGCGUUCGACGCCUCCGGUCGCCCUCGCCCGGUCUCCUAGCAAAGCCGCCAACUUCACCCGGCUGAGCGGGCCGCAUGGCGCGCGGGAUUUCGUUCUUCUUCAAAUUCACCUUCUCGGUCCAGUACAAGCCCGGGAAGGACAACUUUCUAAUGAUCUCGAACUGACCACGAUCGGAUCCGCGCGGCGUACCCCUUUGACGCUGACAGCUUGUCGCGCCUGGCGGUGCUCACCGACCCCGUUUCCCACAAACCGCGCCGCUCUUGCGCCGUGGUUGACAACGCCUCUUGACACCGAGGAGGUGACCGCCCAGACACCGCCGAUCACCAACGGGAUCUCGAACGCCCACACGACCGCGAUCGUGAGAUCGCGAUGGACAGCGAUGGGUCAGCGAUUGGCUGUGCGAGUCGGGCCAACUACAACUUGGCAUCCAAAAGAUUACAUCAAGCAAACCUUACCUCGGGUUCGCGCCGCAUAUACACGAUGGCGGCGAUCCGCGCGAACAGAACGAGCGUCCAAACGCCCAUGCUUCUGUUGCCGCACCCCGGCAAAAUUAGACAGCGAGGUGGCCAACCGCCCCGCUGUCAGCGGUAGCUCCUAUGCCACCCGCUGCCUUGUCCAUCAAGCGUCCACACAAACGCUACAAAAUACUCAAGCAAUGUCUCAUCAUUGCAAAGCUCGAUCCGCCCCACGUCCACAGUCCAGCGCUCCAGGCGCUCCCGUUCAUACAACUCGCGCAUUGCGCCCUUGA